GAGAGAAAAAUCAUUAAACGAAAAAAGGAAGAGGAACGAAGCAAUCGCAAGUCGUCUGUUCUGUCCCGCGGGAGCAGACGACCUGUCUUCAUCGCCAAACAACCUCAAAAACAUUCAUCAACGUUCACUAUUAAUCCAUCCAUCAUUAAGUAAGAAAAUAAGGUUCGAUUUUUUUAUCUUUGUUUUGCUUCUGAUCCAUCAUGGAGGUGCCGAGUUCCUGGGAUGCCCUUCGCAAACAGGCAAGAAAACUUGAAGCUCAGUUGGAUGAGCAGAUGAAUUCUUAUCGUAAAUUGGUUUCUAAUAAUGUUUCUACAAAAGCUGACGCUGCAGAGAGUGAUCUAGAGUCUUGGAUUGAGCGUUUACUAAAACAACUCCAACAAGUAAACACACAGAUGCAAGCUUGGGUAUCAUCUGGUGGUUCAGAAAUGGUUUCUCAUACUUUGACUAGACACCAAGAAAUUCUUCAAGAUCUCACCCAGGAGUUUUAUCGUCUUCGCUCAAGUCUUAAAGCUAAGCAAGAACAUGCUUCACUGCUAGAAGAUUUUAAAGAAUUUGAUCGAACAAGAUUAGAUUUGGAACAAGUAGACUCUGAACAGCAUGCACUCCUAAAAGAACGCACAUCUAUCAGCCGAAAUACAGGACAUAUGGACAAUGUAAUUUCACAAGCACAAGCAACACUAGGAGCACUUGUCUUCCAACGUUCGACAUUUGGCGGUAUCAAUUCAAAGCUCGGCAAUGUGAGCAGUCGCCUCCCAACGGUAAAUAGCAUACUUUCAGCAAUAAAGAGAAAAAAGUCAAUGGAUACCAUCAUACUUUCCCUUGUUGCAGCCGUAUGCACAUUUCUCAUUUUCAUCUACUGGCUAUCCAAGUGAAGAAGCUGUUGUUUUUGUUGGGUGCUCCAACUUUUGUAUGUUGUCUAUUGAGCUUAGUAGCUCGUGCCGUGCCGAAACACAUUUUGCAAGUAGUCUGUUUUUUAAUCCAUUGUUUAUCCAUGUAACAGAAAGCAAUACCGAGUAAAGAUCAGAAAUUACGUAGUUCCAUUUCUUGGUUCCGGUUUCAUAUAUCAUAACUUGUAGUGAGUGAAAAGAAUAUAUAUAUUUUUUACGGUGUGUUUGACUCAA